UUGGCUCAUGUCAAGCUUGGAUCAUUUUAUCAUGCUCAUGUUCCAUGAUAUCCUCCCUGGACAUAUCUAGUCAACAUGACCUAAUUCAUAUUCAUUAGCUCAGUCCGGCAUAAUAGUAGCAUGCCAGCUGUUGCUUCCUCUUUCUUUAGGAAAUCAGAAUGGACGUCAAAGCCCCUAAUUAAUAUUCAUGAGCCAAGCAACCGCAUCCUGCUCAGUACUCGGUGAUGCUGAGGAUGCGCAGACCGUGAUGCUGCGCUGUCAAAUCACAUCACACGGAGGGGCGGAGAGAUUCUUUUCUGCCCUGUUUGUGCGCAUGAGCAACAUAUUAUUGCCUUCAUUGAUAAAAAUCCUUUGUGUUAACAUUUCCUCAUCUAAUCCUGUCACUGUUGCUUUCGGCCGCAUUUCAUCAAUCCUUACGACAUCUUAAAAUUGACAAUGGCAUCGCGUGCUGGCCCAAGAGCUGCAGGGACUGAUGGGAGUGAUUUUAAACACAGAGAGAAAGUGGCAUCUCACUAUCAGAUGAGUGCUUCAUUGAAAUCAGAGAUAAAGAAGCUCACCGUAGUGCAUUUCUUCAUAUGGAUACUGGUGGCGGCUCAGGUGGCUGUUAGUCACCUCAAUCUGGUGUCACAUGACUUGGUGGCCAUGCCCUAUCAGUGGGAGUAUCCCUAUCUUUUGAGUCUCCUGCCCUCGUUUAUUGGAGCCCUGGCCAUGCCGAAGAACAACAUCAGCUACCUGGUGAUCUCCAUGAUCAGUGCUGGUUUGUUCUCUGUGGCACCCUUGAUUUUUGGUGCAAUGGAAAUGUUUCCACUGGCCCAGCAGCUGUACCGACACGGGAAGGCCUACCGGUUUAUCUUUGGCUUCUCCGCUGUCUCUGUGAUGUAUCUACUCAUGGUGAUUGCUGUUCAGGUGCACGCAUGGCAAAUCUACUACAGCAAGAAGCUUCUAGAUGCCUGGUUCAACUCAACACAAGAGAAAAAGAAGAAAUAAAAACACUAUUGCACUUUAAUUUAUCCACAGUCUUUUCCUCUUAGUUGUUACUGUACAAUGCAUGCAAUUAUUUUUAAUGUUAUAUAUAUAUAUAUAUAUAUAUAUAUAUAUAUAUAUAUAUAUAUAUAUAUAUAUUUGUAAGCCAACAAAGCUUACUUAAUAUUAGGCCUAUCUGCAUUUUACAUUUACUCACAUAUAUUUAAAUUAUGUUUACUUUGCAAUAUAAAUGUCGUUAAAACAUGUUAUUUAAAAUCUAGAAUUCUGUUUAAUUAAAAAAUGUUUCUUCAGGAGGUCUGGUCUAUGUCCAAGAAUACAGAGCAAUUCACAUCAUUUUUAAUACUUUAUAAAUAAAAUAUUUCUUUAAAUA